AUGGUCCUACCUUCAGAGCAUGACAAAGUUUCUAGAGUAACGACACUGAAUUAUGACAGCCCUUUUAUUAAGAUUCGGCAAUUCGCCGACGAUAAAAUUUCAUCACUACUUCAAGGAAUUAUUGGGCUACCUUCAGCUUUCUCACGGAUGCAGACAUAUCAUGGUCAAUGGGACCAUAUGUCUGCGUCUCCACGAGAUUUACUUGACAAAAAUUUAAAGGAAAGGCAUGAGGAAUCUGAUGAAACACCGAUACCUGUGAAAAAAUUCAACGGAUCAACAAGCCCUUCCGAAAAUAGAGAUUUAUUUCCUACAGCUCCUCACUUGGGAAAUUAUUUUCAAGUUGAUGUACCUCUAUACUCUCGUGUGUCAAAACCCCUAUUUGCACAAAUGCUGUCGCUUUCUGACACAAGAGUUGACUGGGCUUGGAUUGAUCGCUUUCAAACCUUUGACAAUGGCAAUCCAAUUAAAUUUUUAUUACUUAAUUCUAUGCCUCCGGUAUUCCCAAUGACUAUGGAUGACAAAAACUCCAGUAGAACAGGGAAUGUGAAGCUGAACCAAAUUGCUUUGUUUAACGAAUUGAGUAAAUCGAGCAACUACGAGUCAAACUACUCCCUCUUACCUUAUCUAGCAUUUUCUCAAUACUCGCCUUUGAACUUGACGAUAAAUGCAGAGACUGGCCAAAAAGACUCCACAUUUCCCUAUUGUCAUGCCUUUCAAGAUCUGAUCGAGACAACUCUUAAAGCUUCUCAACCUUCGCUUGAAAAUAAUUGUAACCAACAUACUAUCCAAGAAAAGGGUAACAUAAGACCAGAAUACAGCGCUCGUGAUUCCAUAGAAUGGAUCAAAGAGUUAGACAGAAGGGGAAUACUUCAUCAAAAACAGACCGAUUAUAGCACGGAACUCAUGCAUUCAGACCCCAUGGUGUCGGAUCAUUCUGAAGAUAAGUACCCUCGGGGCCUCGAGACUGAAUUGGACGUCUAUGAAUAUCUCUCAAAAUUUACUUCACAGCUUCAAACGACAGUAAAUAGAUUUCUUCAUAGUGGAGAAUCGCAAGAUAAUUUCUCCGCUGGACCAGCUGUUUCACCAGGAAAAAAUUAUGAAAGCCUAUGGGAGGAAACUAUUAAGCUUUUCAAUCGAGAACGGGAUCAGUACACUAAAGAACUGUCCUCUAAGAAGGAGACGUCUUCAUGUGUUAUGAAGACAUCUAGCCCAGAAAAUGGAACUGAACGUGUCAUAUCUUCACAUACUAUAUCGAAACAGUACCCUGGAGAAGAUGGGAAACCCUAUACAAUCAUUGAGAGUAGUAAAACCUUUUCUGAUGGUCACAAAGUUACAUGGACAAAGCUACUUUGA